UUCUUUAACCUCCAUUUCUCGCUUCCUUCCUUCAUCAAUCCAUAUUUUUUCUUUUAUCUAUACUUCUAAAUCCUUCAAUUUCCUUUUGUUUAAACUUUCAUUUUCUCCAUAUCAGCUUCUUUUUCUUCCUUCCCUAGUCAACUUAUUAUUGUUGGAGCUUUGGUCUUGCAGUUCUUAAAACGAAACUAUUCCUUUUAGUCGCUUCUUCUUCAAGAUCUUAUAUGACUCUGCUUGGAAACUAUGCUGAAAAUUCUCUUCCAGGAAAUCGACGCUAAGAUUCCUUCAGAAUCUUUAUCUUCGUUUUAAAGGAUACGUAGAAUAGUUUUCUAGCUUAAAAGUUCUCAGCGCAACGUAGCAGAAGAAAAACAGGGUAAAAACAGGGUAGAAUAGGUGAAGUUUCAAUGGAUUCAAGUAACCAUCAAAGCUAUCAAAACCAAAACAACCAAUCUAAUCCUGAGUUAUUGCGUUUUCGUUCUGCUCCAAGCUCUCUUCUCUCUAAUUUCACCGAUACAGUUGAUUGCGGAGUCAACAAAGGCGGUUUUGAUAUAUCCAGAUUCAUGAAUUCAAGCGGCGGCGGCGGAAACGGUGAAAUCGAGGAUAAAUCUGGAUCAGAGUCGGCUGUUAGCUAUGCAAGUUCGACGCCGAGCUUUUCAGGUUUGCUGCCUCAGUAUCCGAGGCACAGCUCUGCUAUGGAUAGCUCAUACGACUUAUUGGGAAUGGAUCAGCAGAGUCGAGGGAAACCUGAUACUUCUAGCCUAGUAAGGCAAAGCAGCUCGCCGCCAGGGCUUUUUACCAACUUAUCUGUUCAAAAUGGCUAUGUCAGCAUGAAAGGUUUGGGAAACUACAGUGGGGUGAAUGGUACUACUGGGGAAUUAAGUCCAUCUUCCAACAGAUUGAAGAAUCAUAUUAGCUUCACAGCAAGACAACCUUCUUCACUGAGCAGGUUGUCGCAGAUAUCCGAAAUCGGCAAUGACAGCAUCGGGGCUAAUAGCUUCGACGACGGUUCUUGGAACACCGCACAACUAACGCAGAAUUUCUCCGGCUUGAAAAGGUCGCGAGAAAACGACCACGAGUUCUUUUCCACUAACAAGAAUGGAGAUGGUGGAAGUGGUGUUCAUGUAUUAUCGCACCAUUUGAGUCUACCAAAGACUUCAAAUGAGAUGGCUGCGGUGGAGAAGUAUCUACAUUUUCAAGAUUCAGUCCCUUGUAAGAUUAGAGCUAAGCGUGGUUGUGCUACUCAUCCUCGAAGCAUUGCAGAAAGGGUGAGAAGAACCCGUAUCAGUGAACGGAUGAGAAAGCUUCAAGAGCUUGUCCCAAACAUGGACAAGCAAACAAACACAGCAGACAUGUUAGACUUGGCAGUGGAGUACAUCAAGGAGCUUCAAAAACAGUUCAAGACUCUGAGUGACAAUCGCGCCAACUGCAAGUGCUUAAAUAUUAAGAAGGCAGUGCUUAAUCAAGUUCUAUGAUUUUGCUUCGCUUCUCUACGAAUCAAUGAAGAAAGUAUGAGAAAAAUGAUUUGUUACUCUCUCUUUUUUUUCUAUGUAAAAGGUUGGGCCACGUUGUCAUUACAAAGAAUCAAAUCCUGUAAGCUAACAAAGUUUCCCAGUUUGAAGGUUAUGAAAUAAAGAGCAAAAUUGUAUAG